UUGAAAGAGUUAGUUGAAAGUAGGAUCAUCGCUGGCGGCGCUAUUUUGAAUUUAACCGCUUGACGGGGAGCCAGCCAGCCAUGGCUUCGGUUGGAAGGAUAUGCUCGGGGGGCAUCCUCCUAUCGGGAAUGCUGCCGAUAUCCAACAAAUUGAACGCCAGGGAGGCGAGAAUUCAGGAAAUCGUUGAAUCGGAGAGCCUUUCCGUAAGGAGCAAAACAAUUUUACUUUGGCGUAUUUUAACGCGAUCGGAGGAAGAAGCGGGAAAAAAUAUGUGGAUUUUGUGCAUAAAUGCGUGAUUGAGGAAAGUGUAGGUGAUUUUGUUUUUGAUUUCGCUCUGGUUUUUCCCAUCGAUCGAGAAAUUGAUUGAGAAAAUGGCGAUUGACCGGUUACCUAUUGGCGCGAAAACUAUCGUUGUGGGGAUAAAAUUGGAUGCUGAGGCUAAAGAGCUUCUGGAUUGGGCAUUGGUGAAAGUAGCCGAUCCUGGAGAUUGCGUUUUGGCUAUCCAUGCUUGCUUCAAUUCUGAAUGCAUUCCGAGACAGAAGACAUUGUUGGAUGGUUAUUUGGUAGAUUACGAAGGACUAUGCAACAGCAAAAAGGUUGCUCUCAAUGGUGAGGUCCUGAAAGGGAAUUCUACCCGAAAAGUUCUGCUGAAUCUAGCUAAGAACAUUAGUGCAUCAUCUCUCAUAGUUGGAGUAAACAAGUAUACUUCAUUCAUGCACCGCGUUUCGACUGCUAAAUAUUGUGCAAAGAGACUGCCUCCAGCUACAGAAGUUAUGGCUAUUUAUAAUGGGAAGGUAGUUUUCAGCAGGUGUUCGAAAUUCCUAUUCGAAGGUCCUUGUUUGGAUCCGAAACCCAGUUUCUACACCAAGGACAUUGUGCUCAAAGACAUUCUAUCCGAGUUUGGGGAAUCAGAGGUAUCAGAGGACAUAAGUUCAAAAGAAGAUAUCAUUGUCGUAAGCCCCAUCAAUGGACGCCGGAAAGCAUCUCUAAGCUCAAUUUCACUUCCUGCCGAGGAUUUCACUAAGCAGAGGCCCGGUUGGCCUCUACUUCAGACGAGUAGUUUAGUAACUCAGCCGGCAUUGGAUGCAAGGAACAUGUCUGUGGUGCAGUGGGUAAUGGCUUUGCCACAGCGGCAUUUGCUCGAUGUUUCUGUAGCAACCUCAUACGACACUGAUGAUUCAGUCGAAAGGGAGUAUGUGAAGUUAGCUGAAGCGAGCGCGAUAACAGACAUGCUUGCAAAUAGGCGGGAACUUCCCGAGGAUUUGAAAGCUAUCCUUAUUAGAAACUCAGCAGACUGUGAAAUAUUCAGCUAUGGCUUUCUUCGAGCUGUCACUUCAAACUUCUCCUCAGAUAAUCUAAUUGGAAAGGGAGGCUGUAAUUCGGUGUACAAAGGAUUGCUUCCUCAAGGCAAAGCAAUAGCAGUGAAGACAUUGGAUCCAUCAAAAGGAUCUUGGAAGGAUUUCAUCCGAGAAAUCGACAUAGCAACCGCAUUGAAGCACAGAAGCAUCGCGCCAUUGCUUGGAAUUUGUGUCGAGGAGAAUGAUCUAAUCUCUGUUUAUGAUUUCAUGCCGAAGGGGAAUUUGGCCGAGAAUCUUCAUGGUAACAGAAAAGGGACCUCUGGCUUACCAUGGCAAGCAAGAUUCCGAAUAGCCGUUGGGGUCGCGGAUGCGCUAACUUACUUGCACGAUGAAUGUCCGAGGCCGGUGAUCCACAAAGAUGUCAAGUCGUCCAACAUUCUCCUAACCGAUGAAUUGGAGCCACAGCUAUGUGACUUUGGGCUGGCUGUAUGGGGUCCGACAAGAGAAGGAGAAUCAUUUGUAAUGGAUAAGGAUGUGGUGGGAACGUUUGGGUAUUUGGCUCCUGAAUAUUUCAUGUACGGUAAAGUGAGCGAGAAAAUAGAUGUGUAUGCUUUCGGCGUGGUUGUACUGGAAUUGCUUUCAGGGCGGAAACCGGUGGGAAUAGUAGAGACUACAAAGGGUCAAGAAAGCUUUCUCAUCUGGGCAAAAGGGAAGUUAGAAAGCAGGGAUUAUAAGAGUAUAUUGGAUCCAAAGGUGGAUGGAAAAGUGGAUGAGGUACAGUUGCAAAGAAUGGGAGCAGCUGCUGCUCUUUGCCUUACUCAAGCAGCCCGUCUACGUCCCAAAAUGUGCCAGGUAGUGAAUGUUCUUCAUGGAUUGGAAAGGGAAAGGGAAACGGAUAGGGAUAGGGAUGGUGAUGGAGAUGAUGCAUUUUAUGAUGAUGAAGAAGAAGAAGACGAUGAAGUUUAUCCAGAGUCGAGCAUUGAAAGCCAUCUCAUAAAUCUUGUCGUUGGUUGAUGUGAGACAUCCACGUGGCACAUCACCACUUGUGCUUAUUUAUUCAGGUAUGUUUUUCGGCGUAAGGUGGAAAUUAGAUUCGAGAUUCGACGGAACAAGUCACAAUAAUCGAAUUAUAUAUGACAGACAAGAACGGAGACGUCAGGGGGUAUGGUGAGAUAAACAACUUACCACACUUAGUUUGAUCGGCUCUCAGUUCGAUUUAUUUAUAGACAUAGAUUAGUCGAGUUUGAGAAUUACUUUUUUUGUUGCGAUCAAAAGUAUCUUUUUGGAUUAUUUUUUUUAAUAAUAGAUUACAAAAUAAUAAUGUUAUAUUAGUUAAUAAAAAUGUAAAAUAAUUUUGAUAUUUUUAUCAUUUGUAUUUAAUAUAUGAAUUAAUUGUAAAUGUAAAGAUAUAUUUAUAAUUUGUGU